AUACCUUCACCUAUUCUUUUCCCCCUUUCGCGUGUUUGGAUGCUUCUGUUUCCAUAUCUGUAUAACUAUUAACUAGUUCUUAGCUGAUGCAUACCUUAAAUGUCCGCCCCUAUUAACUUUAAAAAAUAGCCUUCCGACAAACGCCCCAUAUUAAGAUAACACAUGCUAGCCCUUCCGCCAAAAUGAAGCACUUAAUUAAGUGCCUUCCGCCAACAUGGAGCAAGCCAUUUAGUGGCUUCCGCAUAAGAUGCUACCCUUCCGCCAAAACAUGCUAUUUAGCACUUAAUUACUAGUUAAAACAUGCUAGCCAUUUAGUGGCUUCCGCCGAAGAUGCUACCCUUCCGCCAAAUAUGUUAAUUAGUGCCACUUAAUUAGUGCUUCCGUCAAACAUGCUAGCAGCUUCCGCCAAACUCCUUCACCUUCCGCCAAACAGGAAAAAAUUAGCAGCGGCCUUCCGCCAUCCGGACAGAGAGGAGGGAUACAUGGUGGCUUUUGAUUGGCCAGAUGGAUUUCCGGACUCCCGCAAAGCUCCCCCAGGUUUGCUACCAGUUUGCCGGAAUUCAGACAUCCGGACGCGUCCGCGGACGUUUGAGGGAUAGCACUGGAUGGCAAGUGUCCGGACUCCCGCAAAGGACAUAUACGGAUGAUUUGAGGGUCCACGUUGGAGAUACCCUUAGAAGCAGUCUGGAAUUAUUCUUGGAAUCAUGUCUAUGUUUUAACCUCGAAGUUUCCUUUAUUCACAUAUAAAAUGGUUUUAAAACAAGGGGCUGCCUUCUGAUUUCCGUUAUUACAAACCAUUAGGAGUUCGUUACAGCAGGAAAAAAACAAAACAGAACAGAAUUCGUGUUAUUUCCUAUUAGAAGAAUGCCGAAAUGGAUCACAAGCAUAAAGCAAAAGCGGCCAAAACCUGGAACCAAAGGUUCUUCCGGUAGGAUUGAUCUGUACCUAAUGUUGUCAUUGCUAAUUACACAUAACUUUUAACCAUUGAAACAAUGCCGAUUUGAGAUAAACUCAUGUCCUAAUGCUGUAGAAUAUUUUAAAUAUACAGGGAACACGACAAAAUCAUAGUUGUAAUGCGGCGAUAUUGGCGAUUACAGUUUAAUAUGUCAACUCUUCUGAUAUUGGGGAAUAAAGUUUGAUAUAUCAACUCUUCUGAAUACAUCCACCUCUUUGCUAGGUACUUCCGGAUGGACCCGCUACCUGGACGAAAUGCACUUGUACCAUCUCAGCCAGGCGAGAAAAUUGUGACAUAUCCUGUUCGUCCAGUAGAUACCUCAACAGAUUUUGAAGGAACAACAAGCCUUCAACCAACUCAACCGCCAUCGGGAAACGGACCUCCAGGAGGCCAGCCUGUACCAAGACAAAUCCCAAGGCAAAUGCAACAGCCUAUGGGUGGUAUGCAAAGAAUGCCUCCUGGUGCAAACAUGGGUGCCUUUGGCGCAGCACCCCAAGCAGGCAUGGUUGGGAUGAAUCCCGGUAACAUUCCAAUGCAGAGAGGCGCAGGUGGCCAGUCUCAUCCACACCAGUUGAGAAGGAAGGCUGAUCAAGGGAUGGGGAUGCAGAACCCUGGGUACCCUCAGCAGAAGAGGCGCUUCUGACAUCCUCCCUCCUAGGCACCGACUGAUAUAAAUGUACUCAUGGCAUCAUCAUGUAUGUACAUCUUCCAGAUAGAUAUGCAUCGUCUGGUGGCCAUGUAAGCUUGUUGUUGUAGAUUUAUAGUGCUUAUCUGCUAGCUUGGUAAGUUAAAGUAGCUGUAAGGGUCAUUGUAGAGGAAAUUUGGAUGAUUGCCUUUUACAGCUACUGCGCUAAGCUGCUCUAUGCAGAAUAUUGACAUUCUGAAUUCUGAAUAUACAAGACAAGCUGGUAGACAUGCUAGUUUCAUUCU